AUGGACAUUAGCUACUUCGGGGCUGCAAAGGCUUGGUGGGUCUACGCUGCCCCUGGCCAGAAACGGUCCAACCGAGGUCACCGCGGCAUCAUUACCCUUGAGCAGGUUUUGAAAAUUGCGUGUUUCGAAGAGCUAGUCAUUGUCAAGUAUGUCUUCCCCAUUCGCAGUGCUACAUUCCACAAGUGA